AUGCUUGGCUCAAUCCCCACAGCAGUGAUUAUUUUUGUCAAAGCCGUUCAAGAGCGCUUAGCUUUGAAUAUUGGUCUGAUAGUACUUGCUGUUUUAUUAUUAGUUGCUCAGUAUCCGGUAGCUGCAAAGUAUGUUCCCGCCUUAAUCGUCAUAUUCGCUAUUUUGAUGGUGUUAUAUCUAACUGGACAAGGUAUAAAACGUUGCAGUAAGGCUGAAACAGGAAGUCUUAUACCAGUUUGGUUAUCCCUGAUCACUUGGACAUAGGUGAUAAUGAUUUAUGUAUUUGUAUCUAUUAUGUUACCAGAUGGCUCAAAGUAACAGCAGAUGGAUGAACACGUUUUCUUUUUGCUUUUUGAAUGAAUAAUUCC